AUGACUACAGAAAAGGAGGCAGGCAAGCAGGGCAACCUGGCUUCUACCCGCAACCAAGAGCACGAACACGAGGAGAGACAACCGGAACAGGAAGAAGACCAGCAAGAGAAUGAGGAGAUGGCACAAUCCAUUUUGGCUGAAGCCAAACAGUUGAUUGCCUAUCCAGCAGCAAAGGAUAGGAGGAACAAUCAAACAGAUUAUGUAGAAAUACAUCAUCAGCCGGAGAAAGAGGUAGAUUCAUCAAGUUGUACAAGUACCAUUCUGCCAGCAGAAAAAGAAAAUACCAUUGAACAGCAGAACCAUCAAGAGGAACAAAACUUGAGCAAUAUUUCUAGCACUGGUGAGGUCAACAGAAUUGAACUCGUCGACACCAAUGUAGCUCCGGAGGGUACAGAACAAAAUGAUGACAAUUUUGGAAUUAUGCCUUUGCCUCGAUUGCAACGGAGUACUGCCAACAGAAGGGCCCAAGUCCGUCCAGGAGCCUUCCCAAGUGGAGGUAAUCCUCAGGCAAUAGAGGAAAAUGGGGAAACAGCAGAGACACACAUUGAACCGGCGAAUGUGGCACUCGACCUGCUAGGGUUUCGACCACCGAGGAUCGAACCACAAAAUGAUAACAGUGGUUUGGCUGUGGCCAAUUUGGUAGUUGCAGAUGAAACAACCCCUCAGGAUCUGCCCCAUGCUCAAGAUUACAAUCCAGACAACACUGACAACAAAAGAGAAGAAAGGAUGAAGCAAUUCAGAACCAAGGUCUUCUUGGGAGUCAUUGUCUUGUUGGCCAUCACUAUUAUUUUGGUAGCCAUCCUGAUUACUCGACGUCAAGAGGAGAAUGCAGAUCUUGUCCCAACAACCUCACCUAGUGAGAUGCCCAGCAGCAACCCAUCUCAGGGACCAUCAUCGUAUUCAGAGUACUGGCUGUCUCUUUUCCCUGAAUCAACAGUCUCUGCAAUUUUGGAGGAUCCAGAAUCGCCCCAGUCGAUGGCAUUUGAAUGGCUCGUGGAAGAGAUUGACAUCCUACGCAACCUUACGGCGCAGAGAGUUGUACAACGUUUCGUCCUUGCAACCUUCUAUUUUGCCAACAGCGACGAACCAUGGUUCUCCAGUGACAAUUGGCUAAACCACAGUGUUCAUGAGUGCCUUUGGUAUUCUGGUUUGGAGCAAUGGUAUUUCUUUGUUGAGGCCAACAAUGUUCUCCCACUGGAUCACAUCAGUCCAUGUGAGCAAGAUCCAGCUGGAUAUCUACAGGAUGGCAUCUUGUAUCAGGGAGAAGGAAUCCUGAAGCAUUUUUGGCUGCCUUAUAACCGCCUGUUAGGAUCAGGCAUUCCACCAGAGCUCUACUUGCUCACAGACCUCAAGAGCUUGGCAUUGGAUGAAUUGAACCUUGCAAGCACCAUCCCUGAUGAGCUUUUUAACCUUUCAAAUUUGGAAUAUCUUUCGAUGAUGUUUUGUGGGCUGUUUGGCUCCAUUCCUGAGGCAAUUGGACAAUUGUCAAAACUUGGCAUCGUGUACAUGGGAAUCAAUUCUUUGACUGGAACUCUUCCGUCAUCCCUUUAUUCCCUUACAAACUCAAUGGCUGGCAUCAUUCUAUCAGGAAAUCAGCUAACAGGACCAUUACCAACAGAGCUGGGAUUGCUAACUAAGUUGAGGGGUCUAGUGCUUGACACCAACCUAUUUACCGGGAAAAUUCCCACAGAGCUUGGGCAGUUCACUGGAUUAUGGACCCUGUUCCUGCACGACCUCAUUCUGAGUGGCGCUAUCCCAAAUGAGCUUGCACUUCUUACAGACAUGAUACUUCUGCAACUGGAUAACACCGGCCUUACGGGGACGAUCCCCAGGUGGCUUGGCAACAUGACAACCAUGGAUGGAUUGACACUGUCAGAUAACUCCUUUACUGGGACUAUCCCUACAGAACUUGGCCUUCUAACAAAGUUUUAA